AUGAACCCCGACCACGAAAGCGUCGUCGCUGCGACGUAUCAAUACGUCGUGGUCGCCGUCGUUGCGUGCGGUGUCUUUGCCGCGGGUGUUACGACGAUCAUGCUGCGUCGUCACCGGCGGCAGCAACUGCUAGCCGCGGCGCGUGGUGGAGGCGACGGCCGCGUUGUCUUUGGAGAUGACGGGUACCUGUACGACAUGCCUGGCGCGCCGCGCGUCAACACUGCCGGUCGCACACGGCGCAAGAAGCUCGGACCUACGCCGAAGAUCUGGGACGCAGAGGUUGGAGGCGAGUACGCCGAGGAGGCCGACGAGGAGAUCGGCUGGGAGGAGCAGAAGAACAUGGGUGUCGGGUUACAGGUGGGUCUCGCUGCUUCUGCAGCUUCUUCGAGAGCCACCCGCUCACUCCAGCCCGUCUCCGUCGCUGUUCCCGCCCAUGAGGCUGAGACAGAGGAUCAGCCAUACGUCGACGUCGCCGUUCUCAUUGCCAUGCCGGAUCCGAGUUUGUCCUACUCUACCGACGAGGAGUAUCCCACCUUCCGCCCGCCCAAGGUCCUCAACGACGACGAAUACGAGUUCCCGCCAAUGGCCGUGUCGUCGUUGCGUGUACCGGUGUCGACGGCCUGGGCUGAUCUCGACGCCCUCCGCCCGCCCCCGAAGGAGCGCAGGAAGAAGAAGCCCGCCCCGCCUCAGCCGCCAAGGCAGAGCGCGUUCCGCCGCUUCCUCAUGUCGGCGAGCACCUCUGCUGCUCGUCAGCGGUAG